GCAACCGUAUGGAGGAGCUGGGUAUAACAGCAGACAUGAAAAUGGAGGACAUCCUGAACCGAAUGAAUCAGAUGAGGUUUGGACAGACAGACUGCGCAAUGCCCUUGAAGGACGCCAUCGAGAUGAAGAGGAAAGACAUUGACGUAUUCAGUGUCUACACAGAUUGUGAAACUUGGGCCGGGAACAUUCAUCCUUGCAUUGCCCUGAACGAAUAUCGCAAGUAUGCUGGCAAGCCGGACGCCAAGCUGAUUGUGUGUGGAAUGACAGCUAACGAGUUCACUAUUGCCGAUAAAGACGACAAAAACAUGCUGGACAUCUCGGGAUUUGAUUCAAACGCACCCAGGUUGAUCGCUGACUUCGUUCAGGACAAAAUUUAAAAUGGAGAAGAAUUGUUCCUUUAUUU